AUAUAAUCUUAGAUUCAAAACGCAAAUAGUUAUGUUAAAAUAACAUUUAGAUUCUAGAUCCUAGAAGCAUCUAGAAAAGAAAAGAUGGAACAGCCGUUUAAUGAAAAUUAUCCGCCACCUUAUGAACCUCCGCCCAAGUGGAUUCCAGCAGAAGAGUGAAUGCACCAUAGAGAUUACAACAACGAUCUGCAAAUGUUUUUACCUCGAACUAUAUAUCUGAAAAGACAAAAGGCUUCUGAUGCUCUUGGCUUUAAUAUCCGAGGUGGAAAAGAACACAAUUUUGGAUUUUUUGUUUCAAAAGUAAUGCCAAAUAGUGAAGCAGAAAAUCUGGGAAUCAAAGAGGGUGAUCAAAUACUCAAAGUGAACAAUAUUGAUUUUAGCACCUUAGACCAUGCUGAGGCUGUCAGGGUUUUAAAAUUCAGUACAAGUAUAGAAAUGGUUGUCAAAUACUUUCCUUUUGGUUAUCAAAGAACUUAUGACAGAAUGGAAUAUCACACACAGUCUGUGUCUUCCUCAUCUCAACGAUGAUCACACACAAUCACAUUUCACACCAGUAAGAUGACACAAUCACAUUACAUAUGACAGGAUGGAUCAUCACACAGUCUGUGACUUCCCCAUCUCAACAAGGAUCACACACAAUCACAUUUCACACCACACAGUCAAAUGACACAAUCACAUUUCACACCACACACACACAAAUGACAAUCACAUUUCACACCACAAACUCUCAAAUGACACAAUAACAUUUCACACCACACACACAAAUGACAAAAUCACAUUUCACACCACACACACUCAAAUGACACAAUCACAUUUCAUAUGACAGGAUGGAUCAUCACACAGUCUGUGUCUUCCCCAUCUCAACUAUAAUCUCGUACAAUUACAUCAAACAUAUUCACAUCACACAACUACAUUACAUGGUCAUAUUACACACAAUCUGCAUAUGUAAGCAAUGGAGACUCACUAUCUCUUAUUUAUAGCACAUAGACUACUGUGCAUGAACUUAGAGCAGGUUGUAUUAUUUAUAUGUACAUAUAACACUGAUGAACCUUUUUUAUCCAAAGUUGUUUUUUGAUGACAGUAAAUGAUUUUUGUUUGAUUUUGAUAAAAUAUGUAAGGUAUUUAAUCUUAUACCUUUACAAAUUUAUUAUUUUUAUACUGAAUUCUCUCUAUGCCUUCUUGUGUUAGAUGAAUCACUUAACAUUUAAAUAGCUGAUUGUCAACUAAACCUGCUGGCUAGUAUCAACUCUGUUAGUGGAAAUGAUGCUUGCAUGUAUGAAAAUAUUCAAUUGAUAAAGGUUGGUUGGAAACAGAAGUGACAGUUUGAUUUAUGUUUUUCGUAUGGAUUUAUUUUGCAUUAAAGGAUGAAAAGCGCACAAUAUUAUUUUUUAAGUUCUAUAUAUAAAUAAAUAAAAAUAUAUUUUAAUAACUUGAU